AUGAAUGAUACAGUUUCAGUGUCGGCGCCUAAAGGUCUUGCAGAGGUCAUCCCCGCAAAGAGGCUUCGGGGACAGCCCUUCGGAACGGCCUAUGUCUAUCCUUCUGAUUCCAAGCAUGGCGUUAGUAUCUCUUUGCCCACGUGGGAAUCCACUAUCGCCUACUUCGAGAAGACGGAGGCUUGGAAAAAUAAACAUAUCGAAUGGUGCUAUCCGAGGUUCUUCGUCAAUCGGCCGAUUCGAGAACUCGCCGAUUUAGCAUUGCAAAGGCUCAAUAUUGCGAAAGACACAGACAUAUCAUGUCUUUUAUUUCCCACCGUUGCCGCCGCUCAGAGUUGCGUGAGACAUAUCGCCAAAGAUCACGGUUCGCUCACCGUUGAUAUUGCACACUUUAGAAAACCUGAUGAUAUUUUCACUACGGAGACGGGCAGAGUUCUGGACCUAGCCAGCUUUGCUAUGGCUAUAUUCCCUAAAGAAGCUAAGGGGUCCGCCAUGAUGUUCUGGGUGAAUGUUGGAGGAGGGCUGACUACCAGACAUGCUAUGUUCUCGAAAGGUUAUAUUUACUAUCUAGAGGCCGAACACAGCAAUAAAAAGUCAAACCCCCAACCACCGAAGUCCAUCGACUUGCCUCUGUCGACUGUUUCCUGGAUGAAUAGCACUGCCUCCACUUCGAUGUGUGUCAAGUCUAGGAUUGCCAAACUAUCUACGCCAGAGAAUGCUACACUACCGCAGGUAACCGCAGAUGAUGUGACUCUAUAUCCAACAGGGAUGAAUGCAAUAUAUCAUGCUUCCGAAGCAUUGGCCUCUGUAGCCACGACGUCAACUGUCGUAGCCUUUGGCUGGAUAUAUGACGAAACAAUUUAUAAUCUGAAAAAUGGCUCCUGGGGAAAGUUCAUUGGCUAUAAACAGGGAACAGAGCAGAACUUGGAAGAUCUCACAAACCGGCUCAAGGCUGGUGAGCGUAUUGGCGCAUUGUUCUGCGAGUUGCCUAGCAAUGUAUUCUUGUCAUCGCCCCCAUUACAGCGGCUACGAGAUCUUGCAGAUGAAUAUGGGUUUUACAUUGCCUGCGAUGAUACUGUGGCUGGCUUCGUCAACCUUGAUCCCAUGCCGUACGUGGAUGUUAUGAUGACUAGCCUGACUAAGAUUUUCAGCGGAGCGUCGGAUGUUACGGGAGGAAAUUUGAUCGUUAACCCAGCUUCACGAGCUCAUGAUCUCAUCACGGCGGCCAUACAGGCUCGAUAUGAACAUGCCUGCGUCUUUCCCCUUGAUAUCGAAACACUUGAGCAUAACAGUCGACACCUAGUCUGGCGGGCCAAGCGAUGCAACAAAAACACCCUCCCUGUGGUUCAAAUGCUUAAAAGUCACCCAUUAAUCAAGCGAGUCAACCAUCCGUCCAUCGACGAAUCACUACCCAUCUACAAGAGCUUGAUGCGUAAGAACGGCGGUUACGGAAACGUCCUAAGCAUCAUCUUCCAUGAUGAGAGAAUUGCACAUCAUUUUUAUGAUAACCUGGAUUUACCCAAGGGAUCCAGCUUCGGUACCAAUUUUACCAUUGCAGUGCCGUUCGCGCUGUUAGUGCACUACUAUAACCGAGACAAGGUUGCUGCGCAUGGUUUACCGGAGCAUAUUAUAAGAAUCAGUAUCGGGUUAGAGAAUGUCGAAGAGAUCAAAGAAGCCAUUUGGAGCGCGCUGGCAAAGUGUACAGGCCAAACCUCGUCCUUUAUAGCGUCUCGUUUAUGA